AGCUACAUUUUCCCCAGCAGAUCCGAGCAGAUUAGAUGUGUUUGUCAUUGGAAAGGGUUUCAUUUCUAUAAAGUAAGUACUGUCUAUCAACAGAUAACAGAUUGACAUAUAUAUUUACUAUUAACAGAUGGUUGUUCUAAGAAUAAGGAAAGCCCACAAAAGACGUUAUGCACUUCUGUGUUUGAGCAUUGUUGGCUUCAUCAUGUACCGGUACCUGGGUACUGCGCCCGGAGGCAGGAGAAUGAGCAGGAGAGUAGGUUUGAGUGCCAACUCGUCCCAGUUCACCUUGGAGGGAGAAACAUUCCGUAUUCUGGGGGGAUCCGUCCACUACUUCCGGGUCCCUAGAGCCUACUGGAGAGACCGCCUGAUGAAAAUGAAGGCUUGUGGCAUCAACACCCUCACUACAUAUGUACCAUGGAGCUUACAUCAGCCAGAGAGAGGGGUUUUCCACUUUCAAACAGAGUUGGAUUUAGAAGCCUACAUUAACUUGGCUGCUGAGGUAGGACUCUGGGUGAUCCUGCGUCCAGGGCCAUACAUUUGCUCUGAGCUCGACCUAGGAGGGCUGCCGAGUUGGCUUCUUCGUGACGAGAGUAUGAGGUUGAGGACUACUCACCCAGGAUUUGCUGAGGCAGUCAACACGUUCUUUGACAAGCUCAUUCCAAAAGUGGUUCCUCUACAGUUCAAGAAAGGAGGGCCCAUCAUUGCUGUACAGUUGGAAAAUGAAUAUGGAUCAUUUGCAAUGGAUAACACUUACAUGCCUUUCAUCAAGGAGGCUCUACAGUCCAGAGGAAUCAAUGAGCUCUUACUGACGUCAGAUAACCAUGAGGGAUUAAAGGAAGGGGGUGUGACAGGAGUAAUCAGAACAGUGAAUCUACAGAAACUAAAUCAGGGGGACAUCAAGUAUUUGAAUGCUAUUCAGCCCAAUAGCCCCAUGAUGGUGAUGGAGUGCUGGACAGGCUGGUUUGAUGCAUGGGGAGACCUCCACCAUGUCCUCGCUCAAGAGGAUAUGGUUUCUGCUGUACGGGAGAUUCUGAGACGCGGCAUGUCCAUCAACCUGUACAUGUUCCACGGAGGGACUAACUUUGGCUUCAUGAGUGGAGCACUGACUAACCCAAUCUACAAGGCACUAAUCACAAGCUAUGAUUAUGAUGCACCUCUGUCCGAAUCGGGAGAAUACACGCCAAAGUAUCACCUUCUCAGGGAUCUAUUCAGUCAGUACCACAGUGAGAAGCUCCCUGAUAUGCCAGCCCUGCGUUGGAAGGAGACGUAUGAGCCAGCCAUCAUGUACCAGCACCUCUCUCUGUGGGACGCCUUGACCUUCGCUGAGGAGCCAUUUAAAUCACCAACCCCAGUCAACAUGGAGAAUCUCCCAGUGAACAGUGGGAAUGGCCAGUCCUAUGGCUAUACCCUCUAUGAGACCAUUAUAACCAGCGGAGGCUCCCUCAAGUCUGGAGACAAUGUACGGGACAGAGCCCUGGUGUUUGUGGACAGACACUACAUUGGCAUUUUCAAGCAUCAGAAUCUGGAGCUAGCGGUGCCUGAUGGAAAGGAGAAACGGACAUUGAGCUUACUGGUUGAGAACUGUGGACGAGUUCACUAUGGGAAAGCUCUAGAUAAACAGCGCAAAGGUCUCGUAGGUGACAUUCUAUUGAACAACAGUCCUUUGAGGGACUUCACAAUAUACAGUCUGGAUAUGAAAACCAGCUUUAUUGAUAGCCUCAACCAGGCGCCUUGGAUGUCCCUUCCACACGUUCCCAGUUUCCCUGGAUUCUUCCUGGGAAGAAUGUUUACCUACGGCUAUCCAAGUGACACCUUCGUCAAGCUACCAGGCUGGGGCAAAGGGGUAGUCUUCAUCAAUGGUUUGAACCUGGGGCGCCACUGGUAUAUCGGCCCCCAGCAAACACUCUACCUCCCAGGACCUUUUCUCAACAGUGGAGUAAACCAGGUCAUUGUGUUUGAAGAGCAGGAAGCUGAUUAUAAAAUCACGUUUGAAGAGACUCCUGAUCUGGGCAUGGCUGUGGACAUUCAGUAACUGCAAUCCCAAGCUACUGUACUUUUAAUAAACAAUAAUACUGGAUGGAUCUUAUUUUUAAUUUUUCUCUGGGACCCAAAAUGCUGUACAUUGUAUGGGGAUAACUCACCAUACAUAUUGUUCAUCAUUUUAUUGACGUAAAUAUCCUCCAAACUGGAUUUUCAUUGAAUCUAGUAACGAGAACAAAAUAUCACAGCCUAAAAACAAAGCUAUUUUCAACUGGAAUCAUUGUGUUGGCUAAACAUGUCAUCAACGUCUGUAUGUAUCAUGAUGAUAAGUAUUUUGGUUAUAACAAAUGGCAUGUCAUGUUAAUGAUAACAUUUUGGUGACCCUUGCUUCCAAACAAAAUGUUAUACCUGUAUCAUCUGACCACUGAUUGAUAGACUACAAGAGCUUCAGCAGUUUUAUUUUAGUAUUCAUCAUGCAUCAAAUUGGCAAAUAUGAGUUAGUGUGAUGUAUGUGCUUGGCACUUCAAUAAUGUAUCUUCCCUGAGACCAGGACUGUAUAGGACUAAUUAAUACAAAAUUAAACCAAUGCUCUGAUUUUGAACAGAAAUUACAAUAUAAACAAGAAUAAUAAACCACGUCAAACAAGGAAAGCAAAGAGAUGCUGACAUACUAAGUACAUUUUUAUGAUCGUAUUUACAUAUAAAUAUUACAGUGGCAGUUUACAAUGCAGAAGUAUUCCUUCUGUUUACCUUUGAAUAUCAAAUCAAAGGUCAAUAAGUGGCGUUUGGGGUCCAGACUGGUCAGAAAAUUACAUACUGUAUCAAGGGAAGACUAUU